AUGACGGCGAUCCUGGUGUCCGUGGCGGAGCUGUCCAACAUAUUCUCGGUGCUCGCCGUGCUGAUAUGUUUCUGCGGGGUCUUCCUCUUUAUCAUGAGGAACAUGAUGGUUCUACGUGUCCACGGCGACGACUUGAUGUUUGGUGGCGGCAGCGGCGUGAUAACGCAUUCGCCGCGCAUACCGCAAAUGGAGAUGAUGAAGGUCCACAUUCCCUUCACCUUCAAGCUUCAUGAGAGCUUCAAGAGCACGUACGCCGAGGUGGAGUGCGAGGUGUCUAGCCAAGUGGAAUACUCGCUGCAGGCGAUCUGGGGCGUCUGCAUAAGAGAGCUACAUCUAGCGCUCUGGAAACCCUGGAGCACGUUACGAGACGCGUCCCUGAAUGGGACCCUUCUACAGGGCCACGCUCAGUAUCUCACGCCGCCACAAACUAGACAGCCGCACGGUGAGGAAACAUUGAGACUAUCUUUACCAGCUCCUGAACUCGAGCUCGGCACUCCGCCGCGGCUCUGCUAUCCUCUGGUAAUUUUCCUUACUCGAAGAGAUAAUCGGGAUCCUCAUCCUGACGAAACCGUGGCCCUAGUGAACGUCGUUCACAUUAAAGACAGCGUGUGCACUUUGCCGACUUCGAUUCUAGCGCAGUAUUUGAAGCAGGCAAACGGCCAACUGUCUUGUUUAAAGCAAUUGUACCUAGCCACGGGCAACUCGAGCAAUUACGACGAGAGCGACGCGAUGUCGUCGGCUGGUCUAGGCUCGCCAGCCCUGGCGCUCGCUGAACCGUGCAAUAACAACGAUACCAGCAGCGCCGGCGCCGGCGGUCGCGGUGCCUUGGUGGCAUCCGGCCAGAGUGGCGACCAGGAGGGCGGCUCGCUUUGGAACACCGCAGGCGAGCAGCUCUGCGUCGUCUGCCAGUACUUCCCGCUGUCACGUGCCCUACUACCAUGCCGACACACUUGCAUUUGCGCUUCGUGCUUCGGCAAGCUGGACCGGUGCCCGAUGUGCCGCAGCCCGAUCAAGAGCUACUUCUGCAUACGCAGUGAGGAGUACAUGCCACCGGAGAAGGAAAUCAACCCGUGCAAGCAACGUCAGCCUAGCCACGGACCUACCCAUUGGCUCCACGAUUGGAAUGACCGGCUCACCGAUUUCCUCGGCUUUGCCCGAUAGAAAUACCACUAUCACUAAGGUCGCACGUUUUAUAUAAGUAAACGUCAGGUCGGCAGACUUUUUGUUUAAUAUAUACAUAAUUUCUGCAGAUUUAUUCCUACGUAAAUUCCAGCUAUUAGCAGCUAUUAAC